UACAAAAAAUAUAGAAAAGAAAUAGAAUUGAAAGUAAUAUUAGCGACCGAUCGAGUUAUAGUGCUUAAGCGAUUUGAAAGAUUGUCUUGCUUAAACCAAAAGGGCCCCUCGAGGCCCCGGAAACCGAACUAGAACUAGUAUCCAAUACCCCGCCGAUCAUCCCGAUCCUGACAUGAUGAACUUCUCCGCGUUCGGCGGCCCCUUCUCCGGCAUCCACCAAUUUGCCGCUAAAUUCGAUGCCCAGACGCCCGGCGCCUUCGGCACGCCCCCUGCGGCCGCCGCGAAUGCAGCAGCCGCAGCGGCAGCGGCCGGCACCGAUAACCAUGUGCAGCGCUAUCAGACCAAUGGCAAUCACUUUAAUCAGAAUGUGCCCAACGUUUCGGCUGCCAACAACAUGCAAUAUGGCCAGAAUAUCUCCAUACCGUACUCACAGCCGCAGGGUGAUCUAAACUUUCUCAAUGCAGCCGCUGCGGCCGAUCAUAAGGGUAAAAUCCAUCCAAAAAUCGAACGUGACCGGGAAGAAGUCCUCAACCAGCAGAUCCUGCAGAAUGUCAACCAAUCCUGGCAGACGUUGGCCAAUACGGCCAACACGGUGGACUACUCGUCGCACCUGCUCUCCGCCACACUGCCCAUCUCCAUACAGCACUUCCUCAAGUACUCGGAGACGAUCAAGAAGGAGUCCACCGGCGAUGUCCUGAAGAACGGCACCAAUUUGGCCAGCCUGGCGCUGGGGGGCGUGGCCCUAACGCCCAGCAACAACGGUGCGAAUGGCGGCCACCACAACGGACUGGUGGGCAUGGACCAUGGCGGUCACAUGACCAACAUGACGGACGCCAACGGAGCGGCGCUGACGAACGGAGCUAGCAACGGCGUGAACGGCAAUGCCAACGGCACUGUGACCAAUGGUGGCGCCGGCGCGGUCUCCAGUUCCGGAUCUGUGGGCACGACAAACGCCAGCGGCGGCACGGGCACGGCCAGCGGCAAGAAGACCAAAAAGAAGAAACCACCAAAGGAGAAGAAGCCGCGCCCCAAGCCGGGAGAAAUCCGCGAGACAAAGGCGCUGGAUGGCUCGACGCUCUACUGCUGCCCGGAGUGCCAAAUGGCCUAUCCGGACCGCAGCCUCAUCGAGCAGCACGUCAUCUCGCACGCCGUGGAGCGGCGCUUCGUCUGCGACAUCUGCAAUGCGGCGCUGAAGCGCAAGGACCACCUGACCAGGCACAAGCUCUCCCACAUACCGGAUAGGCCGCAUGUGUGCAAUAUCUGCAUGAAGUCCUUCAAGCGCAAGGAGCAGCUCACUCUGCACAUUGUCAUCCAUUCCGGCGAGAAGAAGCAUGUUUGCAUUGAGUGUGGAAAAGGUUUCUAUCGCAAGGAUCACUUGCGCAAGCACACGCGAUCGCACAUCGCCCGGCGUGUCAAGUCGGAGGUGUCGGCGCAGAAUGUUAACGGAUCCGCCGGAGGCGGUGGCGGCGGUGGAGGCGGCAACAGUGCGCAGAGCAACGCGCUGCACGGCUCCUGAGGAUCGUACAAGGACUUCUGGUAAACUCCCAGCCGAAUUUCAAGCCAUAAGGGGCGGCUAGCCUGCUGGCGGCGGUGGACAUGUGGUUUCCGUAUACGGAUACGACUGACUGCUGCUGGGAGCAGGCGAGCUGCCUUUGAAAUUCGCUGGGGGCUUACCGGGGGUCCUGCUGAGCGUCACCCAACUCCAAUUACAAUAACCCUCAAUAAACACGAGUUAUACUUACUGGA